UUGCUAAGCAACAAUAGAUUCGAUAGAAGAAGAAAGUUUGCUCUGGGUCGCACAGUUGCACGUGGGACGUGAUCACGCCGUGUCUGUUCACUGAGGAUCAACACAGAAGAGAAGCGAUUCAACUCCGCGGGCUGCGUCCAUCUCAGUAGUUUACGCCAGAAACGAUGAGGCCAGGUUUCAGUCCUCGCAUGGACAGAGGAAGAGGUGGAGGAAGAGGUGGAGGCAGAGGAGGGUUUGGUGACCGCGGAGGACGAGGAGGAUUCCGGGGAGGAUUCCGGGGAGGAAGAGGUGGAGGCUUCCAGUCCCCAGACGGUGGAGGAUUUCGGGGCCGUGGUGGUGGCAGAGGAACCCCAAGAGGCAGAGGGGGUAGAGGAGGGAGGGGUGGCCGAGGUGGUUUCGGAGGAGGGAAGAAGGUCCUGAUCGAGCCUCACAGACAUGAAGGAGUGUUCAUCUGCAGGGGAAAGGAGGAUGCCCUGGUGACAAAAAACAUGGUGGUAGGAGAGUCUGUGUAUGGAGAGAAGAGGAUCAGUGUGGAGGAAGGAGAGACUAAGAUUGAAUACAGAGCCUGGAAUCCGUUCCGCUCCAAGCUGGCUGCGGCCAUCUUGGGAGGAGUCGACCAGAUCCACAUCAAGCCUGGAGCCAAGGUCAUGUACCUGGGAGCUGCCUCUGGCACCACAGUGUCCCACGUUUCCGACAUCGUUGGACCCGAAGGGCUGGUCUAUGCAGUAGAGUUUUCCCACCGGUCGGGUCGCGACCUUCUCAACGUGGCGAAAAAACGCACCAACAUCAUUCCAAUCAUCGAAGACGCUCGGCACCCGCACAAAUACAGAAUGCUUGUUGGCAUGGUGGAUGUGAUCUUUGCUGAUGUUGCCCAGCCUGACCAGACGAGGAUCGUUGCUUUGAACGCUCACAACUUUUUGAAGAACGGCGGCCACUUUGUUAUCUCAAUCAAGGUACGCUGAUAACUGCCGUAACAG